UAAAAUUCAGAAAUAGUUCACCUUAGAUGCGGCUUACCUAAUUUAACAGUAUACAUGUCGAGAUCGAAAGGCAUUAUCUCCCCUUACCAAUUGGAGUUCUUCUAUUUCUAGCAGACGCUUUUGUAGGCAACAACUUUGAUGAGGGUAGGCGCAAAGAAUGCGAUACAGUACUGUCUUGCUUAAUCUAGCCUGUUCCUUGCAUGGAUAGUAAAAGUUUUGGAAGAGAAAAGUUAAAAGAAAGACAUACAUAAUCAAGAUAUUCACGAGGGACAGAAUGUUUCUAAUUGUAGAAAACAUGGACGGCAAGAAGAAUAGCUGAGUAUAUAGACUAUUUCCAGCAGCAGGUCAUUGAGAAGAUCAGAAAUAUCAGAGAAAAAUGGCGACCAUACAUGAUUUACAUGAUUAUAAAUCAGAUGGAACAGUUACACCCAAUGCCUUGUCUCCAUUGUUUGAUAUGGCUCUGGGCUUCCUUGAGCUUGUUAUCCCAACAUCUGCAAUUGAGUAUGUGGUCAGAGAGGUGCCACGUCUGACUUUUGGGCAGUUUGUAUUUAGUUAUUCCAAUAUCGAGGAGAUUGUGAUGCAUACUGGAGGUUUGUUAUUUUGUCUUAUUUUGGGGAUCCUAUUCGUCGUCUGUUUUUCUGUGACUGGAUUUGUAUUCUGCUGCUGCCGAUUAUGUGGGAAGUGUGGAGGGCACAGGCACCAUAGAUUUGAUGGAGAGAGUCACAUUCGGCAAAAAGCUGUUGGAAUUUUGUCUCUUUAUUUUGACUGCUUUAUCAGCAUCUGGAUUAGCCUGUAUUUUUUUAUCGACUGGUCAUGCAAGAAAUGGAUUAUUAAACACAAGCUCUACACUUCGAGAUGCUGUUGAUGAUGUUUUCUUAUUUGUAAAUAAUACUGUUGUGGGUGUUUGGAACAUCACUGAAGUAAUAUUUACAGAGUUUAACACUACCCAGAACAGUGUGAUCAGUGAUUUGCAGGAUGUAGGUACCCAGGUGUCUUCCCCUUUGAUGACGAUGCUGAGAGAAGAAGGAGGGCUUAAUAACAUCCUCAGUGCUAUCACAGGCUUGCAAAACAGUGCAGGUGACAUUAAAACCAAGCUAAUCUUAAUGGAUGGAAUCUUGGGGAACAUGAUCAACUUUACAGAAGUGUUGAAGACUGAGGUGGUUGGUGCUCAGACUUUGUUUCAAGAGGCCAUUGAUUCAUGUUGGUCAACACAGUGUACAGAUGCCCUUAAUGCAUUUAAACCAGCAAUGGAUGCAUUUGGAAGCAGCAUUAGCAGUAUUGACUCUUCACAGUUUAGACCAGCUGUACUGAACUCAACUGCACAGACAAUAGACCAAGUGCUGCAGACAAACUUCUCUGCAGUUAUUAUACAGCAAUUUGAUAUAAUACCAGAAAUGGUGAACAAUGUCAGCGGGGGAUACCUUCAACCCAUAAGAGAUGCUAUUAGAGAUGUUAAUCUGUCCAGGGAAAUAACACCAGUGAUGGAAAAGCUAAGAGAGAGUAUGCAAAUGGUUUAUUCCAUAAGGGAGUUGUUUGAAGUGGACUAUUACAUUGGCGUUCUCACUCGAUCUGAGCAGGAUUUUGCUAACAUUAUCUUGAUGAGUACAUUAAGCUUCCUAAGUGCCCCAGUCAUGAUCCUUUUGACUCAGUGUACUGGUUUGUGGAUGGGCAUAUGUUGUGGAAGUCAGAAAACUCACCCCACUGAAAGGGGAUGUGGCUCAGUCACUGGGGGACGCUGUCUUAUGAUUACUGUAGCUCUGAUCUUCCUGCUAAGCUGGAUUAUGAUGCUGCUGACCACCUUACUCUUCACUAUUUCUGCACCUGUGGCUAGAGUUCUUUGUGAAGACGACUUUGAAACAAUGAUCAUGUUUGAAAAAGUUUUUGCUGAUCAAGGGUGGUUUUCUAUAGAAUCCAUGUUACCCAGCAGCGUACAACUCAACCUGACUGUCACAAGAGUCAUGCAGAGAUGUGAUGUUGAUUAUUCCAUGCUUGAUGCCUUUGGUUUAAGAGAAUUUAUAUCAGGCUUUAUCAACGCCUACAAAUCGCAUAUUGAUAUAGAGGGUCAGCUACAAGCGCUAAUCCAGAAUAUGAACCUGAGUGAUUUUGACCAACUCUCAACUAUCAUGAAUAGUAGCCUGAGUGGGGUGGUCUCUGUCAUAGACAACUUUGAUAUCAACAAUAUCUCCUCACAGUUAGGUGCUGUAGACAGUCUGUUUGACGGUUCUAACCCAGGUGUGAACGACAUGGCUGACCAGUUAGUGAACAUUUCCCUCCAAAUGCCUGGUGCGGAGUCUCUGGCAGCAGGAAAGCUGAAUGACACUGCAGAUCAGCUGAGAGGACCUGUUAAUAAUGCCAUGCUUGCCAUCAACUCCACUAAGAAUGAAGUCAUGAACGUCCUGACCUUGAUUGGUGGAGACAUUGUGAACAUUUCUGGUCUGGUUAACAACACAAAGGAUGCCGUGUUAGGCCUGCAACAGUAUAUCGCAACAAAUGGACUAGAUGUCAUUUUAAGGGCAGCCAUGAUUGCAGUGAACAGUCUCCUGGGUAGAAUCGAUACUUUCAUUCAUGUUGUUUUUGAACAGGCCCAUCUUGUUCUGCGAUGUAAACCUGUGAUGGAUGUGUACCGUGCCGUAAUAGACAAAACCCUCUGUGAAUUCAUCAUCAACCCUCUUAAUGGGUUUUGGUUCUGCCUGGGUGCGGUUGUGUUCUCCUCCGUCUUAACAGUCAUUGUUGCCGUUCGUCUAUCCAAGUAUUAUCGCAGGAUGGAGCCAGUUGAAGGCAACCAGGUUAUUUAUGACCCGAGGUCCUUCAAACAGGAUGGUGUGAAAAAAGCAUCCAGUCACGUUCAGUCAACCCAGAUAAGGAGAGUCAAUGUAGUACCGGCUCCCAAGUCAGCUCAGUACAGGAGCCCGAUGGUUUCCUGAGUGCAGUGCUUUUCGUGGGAUUGGUGUUGUCAUGAGAAACAUUUAAUUGAUGACGAUAUUGUGUUCCACAUGAAAGAAAAACCAUUUAAUCUAGCAUCCAUAGCUGUUCUCUGUGUUAUGGAGUGUCUCAUGGGAAGGAUUUUAAAAUCCUUCUCGUGUAAUUACAUUUACCCUAUGCUCAGAAUUCUAUUGAAUGUAACACAAGCAGAAUUCAUUUGCAUUUGGGGUACCUUGGUACACACAGAAUGGAAAUAUCCACCAAGAUAUCCAGUGAUACUGGAAACAAUCUCUUCACAUCACAUUUCAUUUCACACUCAUUUCUCUUGGUGUCAAAUUCCCCAAUUCUAAAUGCAAUCCAGGAUACAGGUAAUUCCAGCUAGGAAAGAAUUUUUGUUGCUUUUUAAAAAGUGUGGCAUAAUUUUUAAACGAUAGGUGAUCAACGUAAAAUUUCAACCUUAAAAUUAUAUAUUUAGACAAGAAAACUGAUGUUUACCCAUGAGGAUAUCCUCGUACCUUCAAAUAAACCAAAAAACAGCUUUCUCUAGUAAGAUCCAUAGAACUUGGAUAAUCAGACGAAAUGUGCAACCUCUAUUAUCAGCGAUGCUUUAGGUCAUUUACAUGAACUGUACAUUUUGGAUGCAUUUGUGAUUUUGCCUGGUGUUCAGGUUUUCAACGCCCAUAUAAGAUACGCUGACCAGGUUUUCUUGUUUUACAAAAUAUUGCCAAAUGUAUGUAUGUGUAUAUCUUAAGCAUUCCAUUUGUUAUAGCGUUAGAUGUUUAUCUUCGAGAAAUUCAUGUUCUCUUAAGUAUUUAUCUCCUCAAUAUUGUUAGCACAGUUUUGUUGUGUUGAUGUUACUGUCUUCUAUGAAUAAGAAAAAAUAUAAGUAUUGAUUGUUAGACAAUUUUAUUGAUGUAAAAAUGCAAAUUUUCUUCUGGUUGGUACACAAAUACAAGUUAUACAUUCUAAAA